UUAUUGGUAUAAAAACUCCGAAAAAGUUAAAACUUUUCCAGUAGAAAAUGCAAGAAUCAGAGAAAAGCGUAAUCACUAAACCACAUAUAAAAAUAGUGCCAUUUACAGAUGGCGAUAUAAUCAAACUUAUAGACUACAAAACUCAGAAAACUUUCUACUCAAAUAAAGAAAAGGAAGAAAGAGUCUUAAAUAUAAUUGUUAGUAGGCUUGAAGCUGUGUAUAAAAACAAUCCAGAAAAUACUCAAAACAAAGAGUUUAAUAGUUUAAUAGCGGCACCUAUUUUUAAAAGUAUUCUAUUAAGAAACAAUAAAGAAUCACUUAUGAAAGUAAUGGAUCUGCUAAUACGUAUACCAGAUGUAGAAAAUCCCCCAAAAAACCAAUCUAAAAAUAAUCCAAUUACAAUUUCUUCUCUAAGAAAUACAUGGGGCCAAAACUUUUCUAAUAGAGUUAAUGACGUAUUAGAAGAUGAGAAAACCGAGUUGUUAAAUAUUUUAAGAGGAUUUGUUAUAAACUCAAAUCAACAAGAAAGCCAUACAGAGGCAGAAUACGAAAAAUAUUUUGAUAGUAUUAUACAGGCUAAAAAAAUAAUUGAUUAUACGCCAACCAGUAAUAACACUAGCAUUAUGGACAUAUUUAAUCAAAAAGACCUUGCAGAGAUUUUCCCAGAACUAUCAGAAAAACAAAAACUAGUAGAUAUGCCAGUUGAAGAGAGAAAGGUGCAUAGAAAAAUGAAGCUUAACGAACUCAAAUCUAAAAUUGAUGCAAAUGGAUUUUUUGAUGUGAUGCUAAAUCAGAAGAUAUUUUCACAGGUUCUAGUUAACACAUUAGCAAAAAACCCACUGAAUGGGGUAGGAAAUCAUCGUACGGGCAAUGCUAUAGACAAAGCCAACCAUUUUUUAAAACAUAUAAACUGUCUUGUUUCUGGGGGAGAAACUGAUGAAUCCAUAAAAGAAUACGUGGAAAAUAAGUUUGUCUACGCAGACCAUGAAGAGAUUGUUAAAGGUUCUUAUAUAGAAAGGUCUAUUUUCUAUGGUAAAAAAAUGCUUCAGUCAUUAACUGAAAAGGUAAACACGAGUUUCUCAUAUGGAAUGAGAAAUUUAAAUAAGUUUUUAAUUUUAAUUUUACUAAUAGUUGGUGGAUUCUUUUGGAUGCAUAUAUUUAAUGAGUUUUUUAAAUCAUUAGCCAAACAUGCCAAUAUAAGACAAUGAAAUCCUUAUAUAAGUAGAUGUAAUAUAAGCAU